AUGUAUGCCGGUUUUGUGAAUCGCCUAUGCGAAGAUUUCGGUGUUGCUAAUUGUUCCGUCGACGAGUUCAAGUGUUUAAUAUACGUUUGUGGCCUACAUGCACCCCAAGAUGCUGAGAUCCGGACCGCUCUGCUAGCUAAGCUGGAAGGCAACAAAUCAAUGACGCUCAACGAUCUCACCACAGAGUGUCAUCGCAUUAUCAACCUUCGGAAAGACGCUUCAAUCGUGGAGUGCCCAAGCGAGAAGGCAUCGGUCAACGUUCUCAAUCCGAUCAAGCAGCCGAAGAAAUCAGUCGUCUCUAAGCCUGCAUUCAAACACCCACCGAUGCCCAAAAAUCCGGCUUAUCGUAACAAUAGUGAUAGCAACAAUAAACCGAGAACGCCGUGUUGGAAAUGCGGACAGCUCCACUAUGUUCGCGAGUGCCCCUUCCAAGACCAUCGCUGCCGUGAUUGUAACGUUAUUGGGCACAAAGAAGGGUAUUGCCACUGUGUGUCAUCGAAUCCAGGCAAGAAAAGGAAAUCGAAACAAGCCCCACAAACAAAAGGCAUUUAUUCCGUUCGACAAGUUGCUGCUCGGGAUAGGAGAAAAUACGUCACCGUUGUUGUAAAUAAAGUCAAAAUUGAGCUCCAGUUAGAUUGCGCGUCAGACAUCAGCAUCAUCACCGAAGACAACUGGAAUCGGAUCGGACGACCAUCAACUAAGCCACCUUCACAACAAGCCCGGACGGCUUCAGGUCAACCGCUACCGCUCAUCGCAGAAAUUGAUUGUGACGUUAUGCUGAGAGGAGUUCAUCGUUCAGGCCUCGACUUUAUCGAACUCUUCAACCUGUGGCACGUUCCCCUGAGCACGGUCUGCAACAACGUCACGACAGCAACCGACAACGUUCAAUGGUUGAAAAUAUCGUUUCCGCAACUGUUUUCGGAUUCACUGGGUUGCUACCUGUUUGCCGCACUUGAACCGAUCGAGACUGAGCUGAAACGAUUGGAAGAGUUAGAAAUCAUUUCGCCGGUAGAGUUCUCUGACUGGGCGGCACCCAUCGUUUCCGUUCGUAAGAAAGCAGUGAACGGACAGCCACCGAGAGUAAGAGUGUGCGCUGACUAUUCUACUGGCCUAAAGAGCGCCAUUCAGCCCAAUCAGCAUCCUCUCCCGCUCCCCGAGGAGAUUUUUGCCAAACUCUCCGGCAGCAUAGUCUUCUCGCACAUCGAUCUAUCGGAUGCGUAUUUGCAAAUACCGAUCGAGAAAGAUUCCAGACAGUACCUCACGAUCAACACUCAUCGCGGAUUGUUUGAGUUUAAUCGCUUGCCACCCGGUGUCAAAUCUGCCCCCGGCACGUUUCAAACGAUCGUCGACGCCAUGGUAGCUGGUUUGGAAGGAGUUGAAACGUACCUCGACGACGUACUGGUGCACGGAAAGGACGCCAAGGAACAUCGAGUCCGUCUUUUGAAGCUUCUGGAACGUAUCCAGGAGUGGGGUUUUACGCUGCGCAUUGAAAAGUGUUCUUUUUUCAUGCCGGAAAUCCACUAUCUCGGUUUCAUCAUCAACCAUCAAGGGAUCCGGCCCGAUCCUGUCAAAACAGCAGCGAUAUGUAGUAUGCCGCCCCCACACGACGAUUUUGGCUAUGCGGACAUCCUAUCUAGGCUCAUUGACCCGCGAGCAAAACCAGAUGACGAUUUCGUUAUUGCUUCGGUUCAAAUGGAAGAGGACGUGUCUGCCACCGUAAAUGCAGCACUAACUGCUCUGCCGGUCACUUUCAAACACCUUCAAGCUGCCACUAACAAGGACAAGCUGCUUCUGGAAGUGAUUCAACACGUGCAAACUGGUUGGCCUAAAUCGAUUAAGCAAGUCAAUAAUGAUCUCCGUCCGUUCUACGCUCGCAAGGAAGGACUUUCUCUCGUGCGAGGUUGCCUCAUGCUAUCUGGUCGAAUCGUUGUGCCGAAAGUGUAUCGGCAACCCGUACUCAAGGCCAUCCACAAAGGACAUCCCGGUCAAGAGCGGAUGAAGUCAGUGAUGAGGAGCCAUGUCUACUGGCCCGGCGUCGAUCAAGAUGUGCAAAAUUUCGUUUCGUCGUGCAGCGCUUGCGCAUCUGUGGCCAAAUCUCCGCCAAAAACAUUACUUUCGUCGUGGCCACAAGCUAGUCAUCCCUGGCAACGGCUACACGUGGAUUAUGCUGGUCCUUUUGAAGGACAGUAUUUUCUGGUCAUUGUCGACUCCUACAGUAAGUGGCCAGAGAUCAUCCGAACAUCAACCAUCACCAGUAGGACGACCAUCGAACUGCUUUUUGAAACGUUCGCUCGGUACAGACUGCCAGAAACCAUUGUCAGCGAUAAUGGAACGCAGUUUUCUUGCAGCCAAUUCAAAGAAUUCUGCGAGUCUCUUGGCAUCGUGCACAUACGCACCGCUCCGUAUCACCCGCAGUCCAAUGGACAAGCGGAGCGCUUUGUGGAUACUUUGAAGCGAGGCUUAAGAAAAAUAAUGCCAGAAACGCAAAACUCUAUUUCCUGUUCUCUGCAAAUUUUCUUGUCCGCUUACCGGUCAACACCGAACAAGUCGGCUCCGGAUGGACUGUCACCGGCUGAAAUUUUGAUGGGGAGGAAACACCGGACCACAUUGGAUUUGCUGAAACCACCUGUAGAUUUCGUUCUCCAGAAAAAUCAGCACAUGGAAAAUCAAUUCAACAGACACCAUGGGGCAAAGAAGCGAAAUUUCGAAAAAGGCGAUCAAGUGUAUGCAAGCACUCUCAAGCAUGGAAAACUCGUAUGGCUAGCUGGUACCGUCAUCGAACGUGUUGGUAGUGUCAAUUACAAUGUGUUGCUGGAUGGAAGCAGGCUAAUCAGAUCACACACCAAUCAACUCCGUGCUCGGGGGAACACUAAAGUCGAGGUCCAUAUGGAAGAAGCUUCGUCGAACCAUCACCUGCCGUUGCAUAUCCUGCUGCAGGAGUUCAAGUUCAUCGAAGGGUCAUCGACCGCUGCAGAUCAACCGGUUCCUGCUGCGCCACGUCUACCGCGGGACCGCCCGCUUGUUCCGCUCCGUCGGUCCACUCGGAUCCGCCGGAUGCCCACUAGAUACAACCCGUACUUCUGCAGAUAA